UUCCUGCAUCCGACUGAGAUAUUGGAUCAUUGUUGUCAAAUUCUUUCCAGCGAGGAGAUGGCUGUGCCUAAUACCCGCGAGGAGGGAACAACACAAUCAUAUUUCGUAGGAAAUUCUUGUAUUAUUUGUGGAUUUUCUUUUGAACUAACUGUCAUUUAUUGUGAUGGAACCUCGGAGAUAAAGAAAUUAUGCGAAAAAAAACUUAAAUUAAAUACCGAACGGAAGAGUAAAAUUGAAUAUGCUAUUGAAAGAGAAGUUAGAGUAAAUGAUACAGCUGGAUGUUGUCAAAAAUGUUUUCGUAGAGUAGAAAGAAUCAUUAAAAUUGAAUGUGAUUUAAAAAGAAAAAAGCGAGAACUGGCUGAGUCAUUUGACAAGACUUUAAACCGCAGAAAAAGUCCUCAACCCUUAAAUAAAACAGAGGAACCAAAUGUCCCUCUUUUGUUCAGACGAAAAAGAUCACUCGAAACUUUCUUUCAAAACAAAGAGAAGGAAGACAUCGACAUAGAGGAAGGGAGAGAAAAAAUAAAUCAGUCGACUGCAGAUAGAGUAGCUCAACCAUGCAAACGACACUAUGCUGACAGUGAAAACACAGGUUCGGAGGCUGACACAGCACCACCUAACAUUACAACGAAAUACCGACGAAUUCUCCCCAUGCCCGACAAUACUAAGAAUACAGCAGCAGCAGAGGAAACUGUAUGGUUAGUAAAGACAACAGAAUCUUGUACUGAUCACAUGACUGAACAUGAUAAACAGUCAGCAAAAGAAACGUUGGACUUGGUAAAGGUGUCAGAUCAGUCAUUAAGUCCUGCCACUGAAUUUCCUCUCCAUCCAGUCAAAACAGAACCGGUAGAGGAAACCAGAGACUCCAAACCAGUAGACAAUCAAGAUUUAAAGACUCCUCAGGAUGCCAAAGACAAUAUUUCGUCUGUCCAGGUGCUACAUUCUGCCAUUGGUGUUACUUUCCAACCAGUCAAAACAGAACCAGAAGAAGAAACAAUAAAACCUGAACCAAUAGCCAAUCAGAAAUCUCAAGAAAUAAGCACCAAUCAGUCAUCACCAGCUGAUGUUUCACCAAUCCAAGUACUACAGUCUGCUAUUGGUAUUAUUCUUCAACCAGCCUUGGACCCGUUGAUGGUAGCCAAUAAAAACUCUCAAAAUGUAAACACUAAUCACAUGACUGAUAGUUUAUAUAUUGUGACAACCAAUCAAAUUAAUCCCAUAGGAGUAUUACCAGUUUGCCAAAUGCCAAUUCAGCAAUGAUUCAAAAACUUUUUUUAAUUGUUUUUACCUACUUUUCAUGAGUUAUUGUCAGAAUACUAUAUUUGUCU